CCUCCCCCUCCACACGCCACCUCCUUUCUUUCAGACAGACUGUUUUUGCUGCAGUAAACGGUAGCCGUGGAGAGAGAGAGGGAACAGCUAGAAAAACAACAAUCCGAAGAAGGAAGGAAAAAGUCAAUAUAGACAGAUUCAGGGAGGCAUCAGAGCAAGCGCCAGUUUUCCUGCAAUACAGGGACCACUUCCAGAACCAACGGCGACAAAUAGCCUAUCCGUUCAGGAUCGCGAAUCCAGAGGCAGGCCUAUUUCGGUAACACUCCAGUGCUCCUCUACUCUGCCGCUCAGGUAACACUCCCGUGCUCCUCUCCCCUGGCCCUGCCUAACCCUCCUGAGGAUUGAGACGAACCAACCAACCAUGGCAUUCCCUUCUUACCUGGUCCCAAAUCUAUGGACUCUGACUUUAUUGACACUACUGGCAGCCUCUGUUCAGAGCAACUUCAUUGUCUUUGACGAUGACCCCUUGCAGCCGGUGACCCAGGACGAGACGGUGUCUGUGGGCGGCACGGUAACCCUGACCUGCCGGGUGGCAGCGAGUGACAACUCCUCCCUGCAGUGGUCCAACACGGCCCAGCAGACCUUGUACUUUGGAGAGAAGAGAGCUCUGAGAGAUAACCGUAUCCAGCUCCACCGUUCUACAGGCACAGAGCUGUCCAUCACCAUCGGAAAUGUGCAGCUGUCAGACGAAGGAGAAUACACCUGCUCUAUCUUCACAAUGCCUGUCCGCACUGCCCGCGCCACCGUCACCGUGCUAGGGGUCCCUGGUAAGCCCCAGAUCUCUGGCUAUGAAGACACCGUCCAGGAGGGGGGUAAGGUCACCCUCACCUGCACCAGCUCCGGGAGCAAGCCCCCCGCCAAACUACGCUGGUACAGGAACCAGGAGGAACUUACAGGUCGUCCUGACGUGGUGGAGACUAAUCCAGACGAGGCCACCUACACAGUGAUCAGUGAGUUGACUCUGACGGUGGGCCGUAGCGACGACAACACCCUGAUCGGCUGUGCUGUUGACCACCCUUCUCUGUCCUCGGGUGAGAAGUGGACCGAACAGCCCAUCAGAGUCCUGUUCACCCCAGACGUCACUAUCCAGCCUCAGAAUGAUCUGCCCAGAGAGGGAGAGAAGUUCAUUAUACAAUGCAUAGGCAAUGGAAACCCGAAGCCCACCUCGUACGUGUGGCAGAAGAAGGAUGGAGAACUCCCUCUGCUGGCCAAGGUGGACGGUAGUUUCCUGCUCUUUGAGAUGCUCAACAAAUCAGACAACGGGGUGUACCUCUGUCAGGCUGACAACGGAAUCGGGAAGAUGCAGGGAGAGUACACGCUGCUGGUGCAAGACCUGACAGAUGAUUCAAACAACCUCUUCCCUACCUCUUUCUAUCUACCCUCCUCUUCUCCAACCUCUGACUCCCCUCUCCCUCUCUCUCUCCUGAUUCUUUCCCCACUCUUAUGUCAACAAUGUCUGGCUCGUCUGCCUCCGGGUCCCUACCUGCCAGCUCUCCUCCCACUAUUUUCUCCUUCUCUGUCUCUUACCCGUCUGAUCUCACCUUCACCCCUUCUUUCACUUCUUCAUCCCUCUCUACCUCUUCUCUCUCUCCCUCUCCUCCUCCUGUCAAAGUUCUAUCUACCUCUCUUUCCAACUCUCUCUUCCCUGACCUUUCCAUGUCUCCCGAACCCCAUCCCCCCUCCUCUGACUCCUUCUCCCCCUCUUCUUCCUCCUCUUUUUUCCCCUCCUCCUGCCAGCGUUACUCCUCCCUCUGUCGCUCCUCCCUCCUCCGACUCCCUCACUCCCUCCUCAGUUACCAUACGGCUGAAUGGAGUUUACAGUUUCACAGAUGGUCCAGACAACAUUGCAGACCCCACUGCCAUGUCGACAUCUUCAGGAGUGGACCAUGCUGUGAUUGGAGGAGUGGUGGCGGUCAUCGUCUUUAUCCUGCUCUGUCUGCUUAUCGUCCUGGGCAGAUACCUUAUCAGACACAAAGGGACAUAUCUUACCCACGAGGCCAAGGGCUGCGACGACGCUCCUGAUGCCGACACGGCUAUCAUCAACGCCGAGGGCGGCCAUUCCGGAGCUGAGGACAAGAAGGAGUACUUCAUCUAGGGAGGCGUCGAGGAGGUUGAAGAUGAGCGCUUCCAUUUGUCUUCACAAGCUUCCGUUCUUCACAUCAGCCAGAGGGGGAGGAGUAGGGGGUAGACAGACAGACAGACAGACAGACAGACAGACAGACAGACAGACAGACAGACAGACAGACAGACAGACAGACAGACAGACAGACAGACAGACAGACAGACAGACAGACAGACAGACAGACAGGGAAAUGGUGAAAUGGAAGGAAAUAAGAAGAAGUGAGACUGACAGGAAAAACUGAAAAGCUUGUAUUGAAAACAGGGAAGUGAGAUUUUUGCACUUACAUACAUGUACCUUUCCAUAUAUGACUUCUGCAUGUCCACUGACACACCCGCAUACACAUCACUUGUCACUGGCACACACACACAAACAGACAAACAGACACACACACACUACGCCACGCGUCACUGACACACCCACAUUCAUAUCACUCGUCACCGACACACACACACACACGCACACAAACAGACAAACAGACACACACACACAAACGUUACUGACACACACACAACACGCCACGCGUUACUGACACACACACAUUUUGAAUCACACAUGAACAGACAAACAGACACAUGUACAUAUAACCGGAUCAUGGUAAGGCAUGCUUGAUUUCUUCAUUUAAAGCUGGAAUCCUUAAUUGAAACAAUAACAAAGCGAUCUCCCUGCCCCUGUUUCGAUAAAAAGCUAAGGGAUGGGUCUGGAGAAAUGGAACCACUCUCAAAUUCAUAGACAAAGCUAUGGAUGCAAGGACUGACCAUCCAUGAUAUCAACAGUAUAGUUUUAACCAUGUUUUGAGGCUAUACAGUGUUUGUUUACAUUUCCGUUGUUUACAAACGUUGGAGUAAAUAAACAAUAUAAACAAGCUUAUAUGUUGGGUUCUGAUGGGGUACGACAGUUGAACUAAACUCACGAGACAUUUAGAAGUCAUUCUUCUAGAAUCAGUGGGUACAUAUCAUUAAUAAGUCCAACAACGUAUGUAGCAAAUAAGGAUUCUAUCUUUAAGAGGUAUAUAAUAUGUUCCAGUCACAUUCAGUGACACAAAUGCAAAAUUGUAAUCCACAUAUUUUUGCUAAAUUGUACUCCACAUUCCAGCAUGUCAUGCUGAAAUACAGUUUCAGAUCCCAAUGCACUGUCCCCUCACAUUAUACAUACCACUCCCUCUCAUCUGCCUUUAAUUGAAUUCCCUCUCGUUCAUUCUCUCUGUUCUGUAAUACUUCACACACUAUAGACCAGAACACACUCUGUUUGACACUCAUCUACUCAUGAUUCAGAAAUCUGUCAAUCAACAAUAACUGCUGUACAUAUUAACCUCUCUCUCUGUCACACACACACACACACACACACACACACACACACACACACACACACACACACACACACACACACACACACACACACACACACACACACACACACACACACAACCCCUAUUCCCUAUAUAGUGCAAAGGUAGUGUGUGUGUGUGUGUGUGUGUGUGUCGUAUGGACCCUGCUCUAAAGUGGUGAACUAUGUAGGGAAUAGGGUGCCAUUUGGAAUGAAGACUUUUAGUAACAGGAAGGCAACCAAAUCCACAGACAUCACCAAAUUCCCUACACAUUACAAUACAGUACAUUACAAUACAAUACAAUACAAGACAUUACAAUACAUUACUUUACAAUAGAAUACAUUACAAUACAUUACAGUACAAUACAUUAGAAUCCAAUACGUUACAAUACAAUACUUUACAAUACAAUACAUUAUAUUACAUUACAAUACAUUAUAAUACAUUACAAUACAUUACAAUACAUUACAUUACAAUACAUUAUACUACAUAAAAAUACAACACAUUACAAUACAAUAUAUUACAAU